GGCGCAAAUUGUUAAGUUACAAUUAACCUAACUAAACCGCGGCAACAUAAUCCAGCAUCCAGCGUAAAACCUAAGAUGCAGUAACCAAACGAUUGCAUUUAAUAUAAAUUGUUAUAAUAUUUUACAUCUUCUUACGAACUUGUAUAAAAUUAUCGAUUGCGAUGGCAAAUUUAAAACCCCUACAAGCUCUAAAUUUAGAUGCAAACCAGCAACAGAGCUUUGUGCGGUAUUAUAACAGUUUGGAUAAGAAACCUGCAACAACGAUACGAUUCUUCAAUCGAGUUGACUAUUUUACAUUACAUGAUGAAGAUGCAUUGUUUGCGGCUACAGAGGUUUUUAAAUCCACUUCGAAUGUUAAAGUUAUGGGCCUACCGCCAAAUAUGCUAAAAUAUAUUGUUUUGAGCAAAGGAAAUUUUGAAAAUUUUGUUAGAGAUUUGUUGCUAGUUAAACAAUAUCGUGUAGAAGUUUACACAAAUCAAGGGUUAUCAAAAAAUAAUGAUUGGGUUAUUCAACAUAAAGGUUCUCCUGGCAAUUUAGCACAAUUUGAAGAUCUAUUAUUUAGCAACAACAAUGUAACUGAAAGUUCGUUAAUAAUGGCAAUGCAGAUAUGUGGGGAGUCCCAAAAUAAGACAUUGGCUGUUGCAUUUGCUGAUGCAGACAAUUGUUCAUUUUCGGUACAUGAAUUUGUAGAUAAUGAUGUGUACUCAGAAUUAGAAGCUUUAAUUGUACAGAUCAGCCCAAAAGAAUGCUUAAUGCCAAAGGCUAAUACAUCUGAGAUAGAUAAAGUAAAAGCGAUGUUAGAGCGAUGUAAUAUCUUAGUAACUCAAUUGAAGAAAUCUGAUUUUGAAUGUAAGGAUAUAGUUCAGGAUUUGGAUAGACUUAUAUGUUUUGAUGAAGGUCAAAAAAAUUCUGCGAAUGCUUUACCUGAAAUUAAUAUGAAACAUGCAAUGGGUUCUUUAGCUGCAAUAAUUAAAUAUAUGAAUUUUGUUUCUGACAACUCUUAUGAAAAGCAAUUUAAAUUCACACAAUUGGAUAUGAAACGAUUUGUGCAUAUGGAUUCAGCAGCAAUAAGCGCUUUAAAUAUAUUGCCAAAGAAUACUUUUCGUACUGGUAGAAUGCAGAAACAUCAUAGUAUUUUAGGAUUGCUAGGUCACUGUCGAACAUCUCAAGGCCAGAGACUUCUGGCUAAGUGGGUCAAACAACCACUGCGUGAUAUUAAUGAAAUAAAUGAACGCCACGAUAUUGUGGAAAAUUUUGUUAAUGAUAAUGAAUUGAGGCAGAAUUUACAUAAUGAUUUUUUGAAAAGAAUUCCAGAUUUUCAGAUGUUAUCUAGAAAAUUAUUGCGUAAGAAAGCAAAUUUACAAGACUGCUAUAGGCUAUAUCAAGCCAUCGAAAAAUUACCUCAGUUAGCGGCUUUGCUAUCUAGAAAUCAGAAUUCUGUUGUGAAAAAUGUGUUUGUUGAACCAUUAAUUGAUUGUAUACAGAGCAUGGAAAAAUAUCAGCAAAUGAUAGAACAAAAUGUUGAUCUUGAUCAAAUUCAACAUGGGGAAUAUUUUUUAAAACCAAAUUUGGAUGUUGAAUUUCAAGCUUUGUAUGAUGAAAUGCGAACUUAUGAGAAAAAAAUAGAUUCAUGUUUUUCAAAAGCAGCGAGAGAGUUGGGAUUAGAAAGUGGCAAAACUAUUAAGCUUGAUAGCAAUCCUCAAUUAGGUCAUUUUUUUCGAGUUACUCUAAAAGAGGAACCUGUACUAAGAAAAAAUUCUGACUUCAAAAUUCUUGAUGCAGUCAAAGGAGGUGUUCGUUUUACAAAUGACCGACUGCAACAGUUAAAUGACGAUUAUUCCAUAGCUCGCAAAUCUUAUCAAGAUAGACAAUCAGUUAUUGUUAAUGAGAUAAUUGAUAUAGCUGCUGGUUAUGGCGAACCACUUACAAUGCUUUCUUUACUUAUUGCUAAACUUGAUGUACUCGUUAGCUUUGCAGUAUCUGCUUGUGAAGCACCUCAGAAAUAUAUUCGGCCUAAUAUGCUAAAUAGUGAUGUCGGCAAAAUUAAAUUGAAUGGAAUCAGGCAUCCAUGUUUAGAGUUACAGGAAGACAUGAGUUAUAUACCCAAUGACGUCGAAUUUGAUAAAGAUGGUACAACAAUGCACAUUAUAACUGGCCCUAAUAUGGGUGGUAAAAGUACAUACAUUCGUUCAGUGGCUGUUGCUGUGCAUAUGGCCCAUAUAGGUUCUUUUGUUGCUUGUGAAAGUGCUGAUAUAAGUAUAAUUGACAGUAUUUUGGGUAGAGUAGGUGCCGAAGACAGUGUUACAAAAGGCCUUAGCACCUUUAUGAUUGAAAUGAUUGAGACUUCUGGCAUCCUUAAGGUUGCUACAAAUAAAUCUUUGGUGAUCAUAGAUGAAUUAGGCAGGGGAACAUCAACUUAUGAAGGUUGUGGAAUUGCUUGGGCCAUUGCUGAAUACUUAGCUACUGAGGUAAAAUCAUUUACCCUAUUUGCUACUCAUUUCCACGAAAUAACGAGACUGGCUGAAGAUUGUUCUAAUGUUCGCAAUGCUCAUGUAUCCGCCUUAUGUGACGGCGAUGUUUUCACUUUAUUGUAUCGUAUUAGACCUGGUGUUUGUAAUAAAAGCUUUGGAAUACAAGUUGCUAGAAUGGCAAACUUUCCUGAAGAAGUUGUAAAGUAUGCUGAACAUAAGCAUUCAGAAUUAGAAGAUAACACAGUAGAUGCUGAUUUUAAAACUAUUGAGGAAGCUGAUAAAAUUAUUGAAAGUUUUCUAAAGAAAUGCAAGGAAGAUAUUUCGGAAUUGAAUGAUCAACAAUUGAAGCAAAAAUUGGAUUUAUGCUUUCAGGAACUAAAUGAAACCAAUAAUAAUUACUUGAAAGCACUUUUGACCAGAUUUAAGUUAUAGAUAAUGUCAAAUUUUAUUGAUAUUGUUUCUACACGUAAUAUA